AUGUUGGGGGCUCCAGGAGCUCAAGGCGCAUUUUUGAUUAUCGACGGGCUGGAUGUGCUCGAGGAAUCACACAUCAGCCAAAUUCGCGACACUCUUAUCGCCAUCUCCCAGAGCCCGCAAGUAUGGCGGCUGAAGACCGCCCUCUUCUAUCGGGGGAUCCUGGCCAGAGGUGUCGACCUCAGCACUCAGUGGGAGGGCACCAUCCAACUUCCGCUUUCAAUAGACCGGCUGGAAGGCGAUAUCGAAACCUUGGUCAAUUACGAGGUGGAUCGAAGACAACUAUAUCGCAAGAUCACUGAUAGUGCGGAGAUGUUGAAGUGGAUUAAGACGGAGCUGGUAUUACGAGGCGGGCAAAUGUUUCUAUGA